AUGCCCCGUCAGGAGCAGUCACCAACGGCGCCGGGGCCGGUGUCUAAACCACCGCUCUCUCCCGAUGGUCGGCGGGCAAAGAAGCGCGAGAUGGAUCGUAUGAACCAGCAAAGAAAGCGCCAGAGAGACCGAGAGUAUCUCCAGCAGCUGCAAGAGAAUGUCCAGUUGCUGCAACAAGAUAAGGCCAGUAGCCUGGCCUCGAGACUCAUGAUGCAGCGGGACAGAGACGAUCAGCGACUGCGGCGACACAGGACACGGAUGCUUCAGAUCAAAGGGUUGAUCAACGCCGACUUGGCUGAUCUCGGCCAGCCUGAAGAUGGUCCCAGGGACGACAAGAGCGAUACAAAUGCUCUCGAUCCCUCGCUAAACUCCACGGUGUCUCCGACGGUAGAUUCAUCGCUGUUGUUGGAAGCAACUUCUCCAGAGCCUGGGCCGGAUUCCACGUUCUGCCCACCAGCCGAGAAGAAUGAUAGUCUUGAUGCACUCCUUGCAGAGCUCUCAACCCCUUACGACGGCGAAGACGAUGCUGUGUUUUGGCCUCCCCCGAUACUGGAUGCUCAGGCAGGCGCCGUCGAGAGCAACAGUUUGCCCUCGUCGAAACCACCCCUCGCUGCCCGUCGCAGCAAGACCUGGAGAGACAUCGAACAGCUGAUCUCCCGCACAACAGCACAGUCGUCAGCUUCGACCAUUGUCGGCGACACAGAGCUCGACAUGCAUAUCAUCAUCACCGCCGCCGCGCAGGGUUGGACACAAUUCUCCCAAGCGGUCAUGGUCGACGCACGAUGGAGCUGUCUGCGCGAGUUGGACGAAAAGUACUUUGCCCCGAAUUACAGCAAUGUAGAACGUCUGGCGGUUUUGACCAUCGCAAGUCAGACGAUCGGACAGGAUAUGAUGCAGCAGCAGACGACGACGACGACGACGACGAUGGGAACAUGUUCGUCCAAUAUCCUGCCGCCGUUCAUCAAACCAAGACCUUCACAACUUGCAUUCCCUCAUUCGGUCAUUGCUGACUGCUACGUCUGGCCCGGCUUCCGCGAGCGCCUCUCCAUCUGCCACGACUACUACACCGACGUCUUCCUGCACGCCACGCACACCAUGUUCCGCUUUCUCUGGCCGUACGACUUCCAAGACGCAUUCCGCUCCAGUUCCCUGACGGGACUGCGCCACCUGUCCCCCCGCUUCCUAGCCAGCAUGCAGGACAUCCGGUGCUGGACGAUGAAUUCGGACUUUUUCCAGCGAUGGCCCGACUUCCGUGGCGACGUCCCUGUCUCGAACCCCCGGCCUGCGCCGCAGCCGGGCUUGCACACGCUGUGGCACGCGUUUCAGGGCCGAGAUGAGACAGAGGCCGAUCAGGAUGCGGCGUCGGACGAGACGUGCUUUGGUGUGUGGGUGGGAGGUGUGUGA